GCUCCUGUAACUUCCUCAUUCACUUUUGUGGUUUUUGACUGAGAAAAGCAACCUCCUUUUGUGCUUCACUUGCCAUUUGCUGUCUGCCUUCAUUUCUGAUUGCAGCUCGCUGAGGCAGCGGUGAUGGCAGGCCCAACUUCUUUUCCACUUCAACAAUUCAUUGCUUCGUUGGACAACUCUUGUCUGCCAAAAAUUCUACAGGUUUGCUCUGGAGUGUAUUUCCAAGGGUCCGUGUAUGAAAUUUCUGGGAGUGAAGUGUGCUUUUCUACCGGGGAUCUAAUAAAGGUCAUCAACAUUGAGCUCCUGUCAGUUUGCUGUGAAGACAUCAGCAACAAUGAGACGUUUGAGCUUCCUAUCAACCACACAGGUUUGUUCAAGGUUGUUCCGGAGGAGAUGCCGUACGGCACGGUCGAGGAGAUGGUGAGCCUAAGGCCCGUGGGCCUGGAGUCCAGUCUGCCAUUCUCUUUCACCAGCCGCUCCAAGAUCACCCUUGGCAACUUCACAUUGGGGGCCGAGAGAGCUUUGACGGUGCUCUCCAUCGAGAGGCAUGAGGGUAAGGAGGAUCAGGUGCGCUGCCACGUUCAAGGACAACAGGAAGCCUCUGCAGAAGUGUGCAUCCCACUCUCAUCCCAAGGGGAGUUCAGGGAGUGUGAAAACGAGGAGCGCUUCACUCUGCGGGAGAUCAUGUCCUCGCCCUGCCUGCGUAGUCGAAAGUUUCGCUUCAUCAACACCAUCAAGCGUGAACAGCCCCUUGUCCUCAGUCCAAUAUACCAGGUCCACGCCAUCAUGAACUUGAGGAAGAACAUCUUGAGGUUUCCCUCCAGCUUAGAGGUGGAUGUUGUGGAUGUCACUGAGCUGUGUCAGGAUGUGCAUUUUGUGACCCCGCUCAGUCUGACGGAGGUCCUUUCCCAGCCAGAGGAAUCCUUCCCUACAGUAAUUGAGAUAUUGGAAGGCCCAGAGACCCGCUCUCUGUUCAAGUGCAGCUGGCUGCCAGAACUUAGCAAGAGCAACCACCUGAUUUUCCACAAGACGGGAACCUCAGCCAUGGUUUUAUUAUCCAGCCCGAAGAGCCGAAAGACACAGCAGUUCUUCCUUGUAUCUCAGCAAUAUGGUGGACGGUUUCGGAGGCGACCGAGAGAGUUUAAUUCGGUGUAUGAGCUGUAUGUCGCUUCAGUCCAGGCACCGGGUCUGAAGGUGAAUGUGACAAGGAACUGUGAGGAGGUCGAAGAGGAGGGCCUGCCUGCCCUCAGUGUGGGAGAACAGCUGGAGGUUGUCUGCUGCAAAACAAUGGAGUUGCCUUGUGAAAGCAGCAAGGGACAGAAGGAGUCCGUCGAGGCUCUUUUGUGUCAUCGCCUCCAAGAGCCGGAUGAUGACGAUGACGACGAUGACGAUGAAGAGAAGGUCAAGCAGGUGGAUGAGAGAGAGGAGGUUUUCCUGCCUCUGUACAUGCAGGGUCACUUUGUGGAGGUGAUCGGUGAUAACAAGAAGUACAGACUCAGGGACUUGGGGAAGGAGUUUAGAUUGCCGCUGGAUGUUAAAGUGGUGAGCCGGGACACUGAACUCGAGACCGAUCCACUAGUUGGGUUUGCAGGUCUCAGAAUAGAGGGGGCCAUGUUGGAGCCCACCAUCCAGGCAAGCUUUCCUGACAGGCCGGACCGCUGUUUCGAGAUCCCAACACAGUGGCUUUCUAUGUCUGUCUGUUUUACCAAGGACGCCCUGCCAUGGCCCAGUGACCAACAACCUAAGUGCCACGUGGAUAGGGUCACCGAAGUGACGGACGCGUUCUUUUAUGAAUUCCGAAAACAGGGGUGCUCAGAUGCGGAUCCUCCACCUCGACCACCAAAGCGAAAUCUGUCAUCUUCGAAGCCUUUGAAAAAAACAUCAAAAUCCACAAAGAAAUCCUCCAAGGCAGACAAGUCCAAACAUGGGCCGGACAAAAGCUCCCCAACCAAGGAGUUUGCCAAUUUGACUUUAAAUAGCAAACGAAGGCCACCAGCCCCCCCACCUCCAGCUUUCUUGGAUGAUCAACCCCCACCGGUCAUACCCCGAAAGAACUCAGGGGGUGAAAUGACGACAGGCAAGGCUCUGCCGAACACUUACGUGGGAAUGGAGGAGUCGAAGAAGAAAGUGCUACAGAGAGAAAUCUCAUCAGAUGUGGACAGCGACCAUGACUAUGAAACUGUGGAUGACUCUUUUGCAAUAAUGAUGAAGGACGCACAAGAGAGGGUCAUGUAUUACUAGAGUUUAUAUUCUAGCAAAAUAUCACAUAUGGGCAGCAGGAACUGAGUUUAAGAGUGGCCAGUGGUGAAGUGGUCAUUGAUGAGGUGGCUGUAUUACUAGGUAGAUGGGUAGGUUACUGAGGAGGAAGUGGGUAUUCUCGCCUAUAUAUUCCAAUGGCUUUUUGGCUCCUGGGUCCAAAGAUCAGGAUGCUCAAGGAUUUGUCUGCUCUGAAGUUGUCAGAAUUUAACAUACUUACUGGACAAUUUAUACAAAAGUCUGGAUAUAAAACUGUUUCAAAAGAUAUAUUUUUUACUACCUAUUAGCAAAAUCUAAAGAGAUAUUCAGUUUCAAACUAUAUUUGUCAGCGUUUAGCCUUUCAAAAACCUAUUUGCUCUCCUGCUUAACGCACCUGUAUUAACUGGGCGGUCUAGUGGCAAUCUAACAACACCAUAAAUUACAUUUAUUUAACCACAAUAACAAAAAAUCUAUUUUGGCUCUAGUGCUAUUAUAGUAAAUGUAUUAAGUUCUUACAAAAAAAUAUCCUAUUAUGUAUCUGCAUUCAAGACAGCAUCCACAAAACACAAAGUAACACCCCUGCUUCUGAUGUGGUCAGCGAAACUUUCACCCUCUUCAAGGUUAUAAGCGUGGCUAUAGCUGUUUCACAAACUUUGAACAAGUACUACCCUUGUAGUAUUUGAAAUAUGAUACAGUACAUUAGUACUUUUUGUUCAAACUUGUAGUUUUGGGGUCUGCGGCUUGUAGUUUGUUAUAUAAUACCACUAUAUUGUAUAGCAGUUACUUUAUAUAGUCUAUCCUGGACCUAAACAUCAGCAACACCCCCCAGUAUAUUACGGACUAAUAAAACACCACAAACAACAGCCUUAAAAAUUACCAGAGUUGAAACAAUACUUUGUUGUCUCAAAAAAUGCUUAUUUAUUUCAUGGAGUUGUAAUAAUGUGUUAUAUUUUAUUGUACAGGCAUUUCAUGUAUAUGGCAACCUCCUACAGUGUGCAUGCAGACUCUAGCCAGGAAGGGCUCAAACUAGUCUUGCGGGGAGGCAACAGUCCUAACCACAAAAGGCAACUCUAGAGCUUCUCACAUGCAGUCAUGUAAUGAUAACUAAAUAGCAGAAGUUCUCCCAGUCGUCACAGCAAACUAAUGAUCUGAGUACAAUAAGCGUGCCAUGCAUUGUGUCAAAUCCUGUUUUCUUUUUUUUCUUUGUUUCUUUGAAAUGACUCACUGCCAAAGAAAUACCGAAAUAGUAAGGGAGUUCAUUUUGUGUGUAUUCUCCAUUUCUCUGAAGGUUGGAACCAUUUAUUUUAAUUAGAAACAUAUUGUAGAUUAAUUUCACUGGAGUUUUAUUUUGUAUUUAAAACAUGUAUCAUAAAAAAAAGUAGCUUCAGAAUGCGCUCACACCUGUUUUAUUCAAACUUUGUUCAAACCUGUAAACUGUGUGAACCAGUGGAACUUUGUAGACAGAUGUGUUUGUCCACAUGCCACAGAUGUACCUAAUCCAGUACAGACAAACAUCAAACAAGUGCGACCCUAAUAUACAGGAUGCAAACUUCGGUUUUGUGGUGUCACGGCUAAACACACAUGUAAAUGAACUAUUUCUGUAUUUACAUUUUGAAUAAAUUUGCACAUAUUGCUUGUU